UAUUACCUGGCUCUAAGUGCUUCCAAGUUCAUUUCUGAAUAAUUUUUUAAUCUUGCGGAAGGAACGCAACUCGCUCCAAAUUCUGUUUGAAAUUCGAUGGGUUAUCAGCAUUGGCCUGCAGACUUUCCUGACGAAUAUAAAACUCCCCUACUAGUAAAGGAGAGAAGGAAAAAAUCUAUUAGAGAACGCAUUCCUGCCCGCUAUGUUCUGACCUUGCUGACGUUUUUGGGGCUGGGUAUCCAGUAUACCCAGCGGGUGAACCUCAAUGUCACCAUGGUCGCAAUGGUCAACUCCACCUUCAUCGAAGGGAAGGAGAAUGACACGACGACGGACGAGUGCCCCAACCUGUUCGCGGACUCGGUCGAGAACGUGACCCAGUCUUUCAAGGAGGUAAAUUUUCUAGUGUUCGAUGUGCCGCAAGAAGGCCUCUAGUUAGCCACCUAGUUGGGUGGAAUCAGUCGGAAACACAUGCAUUUGUAUUGAAAAAUUGGCAGCAACCAAGAAAAGACAACCGUAAACAUCGUUAUCAGACUUUUUAUCAUGAUUAAAAAACGAUAAAUCGUGCUACACUGAUGCGGUGAACGCUUGAAUUUAUUGAUAUGCAUAGAUGAGAUUCUUCAGACUUUUUUCAAU